AUGGGCGUUCAUGGCCUCACCACCUAUCUGCGAGAGAAUCAGCGAAUUCUCGCCAAAGCCAUCGAAUUUCCCUCGAGCUCGACCGAUGUGACUUCUAUCGUGGUCGAUGGUUGGUCGUUCAUCUAUGAGCUUUAUGAAGAAUCUAAGUUACCUUGGGUGUAUGGUGGCGAGUACAAAGCGUUCUCUGCAUGCGUUGAAGGUGUCGUGAAAGCAUGGAUGGCUGUGGGACUCAGGGUAUAUUUUGUCUUUGACGGUUCUGCCCCAGAGCUGAAGAUUCCAACCCUCAUCAGCCGCCUCAACCACUCGAUCGUUGAAAGGAGCCUUCUGUUCUUCAGAACUUCCGAGACAUCACGCUCAACUCCCCGUUUUCUGCAUGAAACGCGGAUGAUUCCACCACUUGCAUAUCAUGCAUGUCUGCAUGCCCUUCAUGAAGUCGCUUCAUCAGCAGAUACUCUACAAGUGCAUUUCGCAGAUGAAGAAGGCGAUCCUUAUGCCGUCGAACUCGCCGGCAGGCUCGGGGCAUUUGUUGUCGGCAAUGACUCGGAUUUUGUCAUUCUCAAUUCUGGGAAAUAUGCAGGAUAUAUUCAGCUUGAUGACAUGCUGUGGGCAGUACCCAAAUCCGUGGACGCAGGCUCUGGUGACGAGGACGGCGAGUUCCGCACAGUAAAGAAAGCAAAGACAAAAAAGAAAAGUAUUGCCCAACAAGGGACUCGCAGGGGUCUGAUACCUCCUGAGCAUAGCACGGAUCUCACCCUGUCAGUUUCGGUCUACACACCGACUGCCUUGGCAUCCCAUUUCAAGAUUCCGGUCACCCUGCUACCUUUGUUCGGCGCCCUGGUCGGAAAUGAUUUUUCCAACCAGUCUUCUACACAAAGGAACGUGCAAAGCUUAUUUUUCGAACGACAUCUAACGUUAUCGCAACGCAUUUCCCGUGUCGGAUCCACGUUAAAUGCUAUACUCUCCGCUGCCACUCAGAAACGAAAAGCCAGGCAUCAGGUCGGUUCAGUCAUGGACUUGAUUGACAGAUCUGUGCACGCACUCCUAAUCAGACAACCAAGCACAAUGGCUUCCGGAGAAACCGAUGCCAUCGUUGACAGGAUUGUUAAUGCAACAUUGCAGUACGCAAUUAACAAGUAUGACGGAGAUACAUUUGGGCCGGAUGGUCUUUGGCCGAGCAAAGUGUGUGCACUGCAUCAGGCAGAAACUUGCCGACUGCCGGGACUGUUCUCCCGUAUAUUACUAUCGGCCGAUGAUGAAGCAGCCAACAACAACACAGCGGCGCAUGACACUCAACUACCCCAGCUCCACUCUCUCUACAUCUCCGCGUACCGGUCUGGCCAUUUGCAACCAAAGCUCAUGGAUAUUUUGAAUACUGGGACUUUUUGGCCAAGGUUAUUUUUGGAAAACCCCGACGCGGAGAAUGUAGCGCGGAGUAUCGGCAGACCUAUCCGGGAGUGGAUCUUUGCUAUUUUGGAAGAUGCCGUAGGGCUGCCAGAAGCGCCGGAGGGGAGUAGAAACCCUGAAGUGGGGCAAUUUGACACAACUCAGAUGGACGAAGAAGACGAGGAUGAGCUCAUUGACGUGGUGGAAGAAGACUCCGAAGACGAUGGAGCCGAUCUCCUCGCCCCAUUGCGUGGUGAGCUCCAAAAACUCCGCGUGCCAGAUGAAGGGUUAGAGAUUCCGGCGUCGGCCACAUCUCAAUCCCGGUCUCACCUUCCACUGCGGCCAAAAUGUGUCAUGGAAUACGUUAGGCGAGGAACGCGCGUGGCCCCGGAAAGUGUGACGGUGCCAGAUAUUUCCAGGCUGUUGGUGUCAUCCGCGUUUCGUGGCGAUUACCAAGAAGAUUGGACCCCCCUGCCACUCAGGCCUGCAUUGGAGCGGAUGUCAGUUUUUCUGCAUAUCCUUCAUAGCAGUACUGUUGCUCUCGAAGAAUUACCGAGAGAGCAACUCAUAUGUGCCCUCGUUUUGCGAUGGGUCGUGCGGGUGAUGCAUCUACGGGCAAUAGAAUCUUCAAGUAAGGAACGGGAGAAAGAAAAAUGGACUAGAUCGGAAGCAGGUGCCUUCCUUGCAUUUUACACGUCAGGGAGGCAUAGUCUCGAUUUUUGUGCUAUGCCUGCACUCUCCGGCUCGGAACCGAAUUCUGGAUCUGAAACUACGCCAAUCAACAGCCGUAGCAUUCAGCUCAUGGCCCAGGUGCUUAUGGCAAUCGAGGGCAUACAUCAUUUAUCCCAAGUUCUCUUGGUAUCAGAACGAGUUCCAGUCCAUGUCCAUACCCUAUCAGGCCAGACAUUUCAUAUGUUCCUUGCCCAAAAGGUCUCGAACUAUCGAGACACUCUACCGGCCGGGCUUUGGGAUGCAUGUACGGAGGGAUUAGGUGAUGCCUUUGCAGAAGAGCGUUCAGUCAAAGUCAAAAAAUCGAAGAUCAACGGAAAGUCCAUUGAGCAACCGUCAGUGCAGAAAGCGACGCGUAUUGGGGCAGCAGGUAGCCAGUUCGGGUUAUUGGCUGAUCUUCAAGUUUGA